AUGUCUCUCUCUAACAAACUCUCCAUCACUGAUGUCGAGCUUAAGGAUAAGCGGGUGCUUAUUAGGGUAUGAAUCUACUUUCUAUUCUUAUAUGAAUGCUAUAAGGAGCUAGAGAUGCAGACAAUGAAGUGCUAACAUCUGCCAACCACAGGUCGACUUCAACGUCCCCCUCGACGCCGAAAAAAACGUAACCAACACCCAACGCAUCGCCGGCGCCGUGCCAACCAUCAAAUACGCCAUCGACCACGGUGCUAAAGCCGUGAUCCUCAUGUCGCACCUCGGCCGUCCCGAUGGCAAGGUCAACGCGAAAUUCUCGUUGAAGUCCGUUCUGCCUGAGCUCGAGAAGCUCCUAGGGAAGAGUGUGCAGUUUGCGCCGGAUUGUGCGGGCAAGGAGGUCGAGGAGAUUGUUAAUAAGGCUUUGGGUGGUCAGGUGGUUCUCUUGGAGAAUUUGAGAUUCCAUGCGGAGGAGGAGGGGAGCUCGAAGGAUGCUGAGGGGAAGAAGGUUAAGGCGGGGAAGGAGGAGGUGGAGGCUUUUAGGAAGGGACUGACGGCUUUGGGGGAUAUUUAUAUUAGUAGGUUACCUUUUCUUUUACCUUUCUCGCUCCAUUGUUUUUGAAUGAGACGGGGUGGAAAUGAAUGGGACAGAUACUAAUGGGAUGGAUAGACGAUGCUUUUGGAACCGCACACCGUGCUCACAGUUCCAUGGUCGGUGUCGACCUCCCACAAAAGGCAUCUGGUUUCCUCAUGAAGAAGGAACUCGAGUACUUUGCCAAAGCCCUCGAGUCCCCUCAACGUCCUUUCCUCGCUAUUCUCGGAGGUGCCAAGGUCUCCGACAAGAUCCAACUCAUCGACAACUUACUGGGUAAAGUCGAUAGCUUGAUCAUUUGUGGUGGAAUGGCUUUCACAUUCAAAAAGACCCUCGAGAACGUCAAGAUUGGAAACAGUCUAUUCGACGAGGCAGGAAGCAAGACAGUUGGUGAUCUCGUCGCAAAAGCCAAGAAGAACAAUGUCGAAAUCGUUCUUCCUGUUGACUACAUCACCGCUGAUAACUUCGCUAAAGACGCCAAGACCGAAACUGCUACCGACGAGGAGGGUAUCCCAGAUGGAUGGAUGGGACUCGAUUGUGGAGAGAAGAGUAUUGAACUCUACAAGACGGCCAUCAGCAAAGCCAAGACCAUCCUCUGGAACGGACCUCCAGGUGUCUUUGAGUUUGAAGCUUUUGCUAAGGGUACCAAGGCUACUCUUGAUGCUGCCGUUGAUGCUGCACAGAAUGGAAAGAUUGUCAUCAUUGGCGGUGGUGAUACUGCGACCGUGGCUGCGAAGUACAAGGUUGAGGAUAAGCUUAGCCAUGUUUCUACCGGUGGUGGGGCUUCCCUUGAGUUGCUGGAGGGGAAGGAGUUACCUGGUGUUACUGCUCUUUCGAGUAAGUAAAUCUUUUUCUUUUCUUUUGGACGGACGGAUGAAUGGAUGGACGGAUGGAAAGGAAUGGAAAAGGAAGGCUUUGAUACAAAUACCAACUCCAAUUCAAGGUCGUCAGAGUAAGGCUAGUCUAUAAGGGAGGGAAUGAUAUGG